AUGCCAAAUUAUAUCAUAGGUCCUCCAUUACGUUCAUUUCCUCUUAAUGAAAGUUACAUGUUCAUGAAAAAAAAGUAUGUAGUUUUGAAUUAUGCUCCCGGAGAGGAGAAGAAAGAUAUUACUAAUGGACCGAAUCGUAUUAUUGACGGGUUUCCAAUGUUAGAUAACACGAUAUUUGAAAAUGGAAUCGAUUGUGCCUUGGACAUCAAACACAACAAGGCAUUCAUCUUCUCUGGGAAUCAAUGUGCCAAAAUAAAAUACGCUCCAAAUUCAACAGACUCCAGAUUACUAUCAGGUCCUAUUCCAAUCGCUGCCAUGUUUCCUUGA